AGAUAUCUCAACAUUCUGACAGACUUUGCUGAUGCGGAGAUUUUCCUGAUUGACGGCGACUCUUUGCUGUUGGAGCUUUUUUGCCAAAAUAGCCUAGACUGGACACAUGGCGGACAGUUUCUGCAUCUCACCUAUCUACUUGAACGCUUCCUCAAGCAUUUUACAGAUAAAGGUCAGUGCAUAAAACAAGUUCAGAAAAUUAUGAUGUAAGUCAGUGUGCCAAAACAUUAUGAAAUAAUAGUAAUGAUUGCAAGAACGAGAUGAGCUCGACUAAAGAAAUUAGAAAUGAUAGCCAAGUUAUAGCUGGAGAGAUGUUAACUGUGCCUUGACCCUUUAACUCCCAUGUGUGAUCAAGACAGAAUUUCUCCUAACAAUAUCAAUACAAUAUCAAUCAGAUAAGUGAUGAGAAUAAAGAAAAAUAUCCAUUUGGGGAUAAUUACUUGAUUCAAUACCAAAUUCUCAAACUAACACUACAAGAUCUGUAUAGCAGAGAGUAAAGAGAAUUACUAAUGAGAUCUUGGAAGUUAAUGGGUUAACAGGUAACUGUAGGAUGAUGAGUGUUUCCAGUGACCGUGAAGGUGUGAACUGAAACGAUAGCAAUUAGAUCGACAGAGGUGGCCCAAAGCCGCAGGCUCGAGGAAUGGAGGUUGCUAAGAUGAGACGACAUCUCUUUGUCAUCUGUUUCACUUAUUAAGCAGGACCACAAAAUGCCGGCUAAACUCGGGCGGUAUUGGUUUCGCAGAUUAGUUGAUCAUUAACUUGUAUAUGAUACUACCACUGUUUACCUGUAAAAUGGUAUUACUUCUCAGUAUUUUCUGCUGGAUUUCCCUUCAAUCAUCUAACUACUUCUUUUCUUGUUGAACAAGGUGGUGUUUUCCACGUUGUCUUUUUCGAAGAAAUGGAGAUCAUCUGGAGAAGUCGACCAUCCAUGCUGUUGGCACGACAAGCUUUAAUUCUUCAUCUUCAGCACAACACGCCUUUCACAAUUGAGACAUCAAUAGCGAGUGUUUGGGACAAGCAUUGGAAAGAGUACAUCGAUCGAAACAUUCCCACAUUUCUGGUGUUAACGGACGCGGAAAAUGUCCCAUGGGAAAAGACUGGAGAGACGAAAAAGCUACAUGUGACAGUGGAGUUUUUCUUCCGCUGUAUUCUGUUACAUUGUCUUGGACAAGGAUUGAAUUGUGUCUUUAUCUCAGGUGUCCAGAUGACCGCGACAAAAGUGAUGGGAUAUUACAACGAGUCCACGUCAGAACAUAGAUUAUUCCAUAGGAAGGUUAGACGGCAAUACUUUGUGAAGGGAUGUAAAAUUAUAAGACACCAAUAUUAGCGCCAGUGUUCGUGGCGUGAAGCAAAACCCGGAAACUUUUCCUACUUACUAAGAAUGGGAUGUCUGACCAAUGCAGAAGCUGCACCAAAAUUAGUAUUUCUAGACACUGUUUAAUUUUUUUAAUUUUUUACGUCGGGAUACUAAGCUAUAUUUCAGAGUGAUACAUACCCCGUUCCAAGUUGCCCUUUCAACAACUCAAGAGCUUGUAAAGCUUUAUAACAAAUGAUUGACUCAUGAAAGAACAUGGGGAACACAGAUACCGUCAGUGUCACUCUAGAUCUGCUGAGGUGAUGAUUAUAGGGAAUGAGAGAAUGACUAUUUUAAAAAAUCCCUAGAUAAUGAAAAUAGAAGGACUACAUAAUUCGAAAGCGAAAAGUUGCCUAUCAUAAAAAGAUGUUGUCUUCACUGAAGUAGCUCAUAUCUGCAUCAUUUCUUAUUCUUAGCAUGGUGAAGCAGUCCGUAAUACAUGGGAUUGGUUGAUGAGGUAUUGGCGCCGUCAAUGUACUCAGGAAAACAUCACCGGAUGUGAAGUAAAAGACAAUCAGGUGUGCAGUGUUUUAACCCUUUACACCCUAACAUCAGUAUGUAUAUUCUCCGUACUGUUCUCUACACAUUUCCUAAGGUGCUGACAAGAGGAAUUUGUUUAACAAUCAGUAGCUUCUUAGAUAAGUGAUCAUUUCCUUUAUUCUCCUGACCUUAAUGUAUGAUUCAGUGGCGAUAUUGUGAGGAGAAAUUAGAUGCAAGUCACUCUUAGGGAUCAAAGGGUUAAAGAGAUAUUCAUUUGCCGCCUUACAUGUCCAAAUCUAAUUUAUUUUAUUUUCCUGUUGUUGUUUGUCUUACCUCAGAUUGAUGUCCAGUCGGAAGUUGAAGUUGCUCUUCGAUCUCCACCGCAGGGUGGAUGUCGGGAGGUUGCCACAAUCCUUGCUUGUGUGCAAGUCCUCUUUCAACUACUUCACGACGACAACAUCAGUAAGGUAAGUAACACACACUUGACAUGUGUUUUUAACUUCUAAAGUAUUAUGGCGGUUUGUGCACGAAUACAUCGACAAUCUCGGUGUAAUUUUGGCUCCAUGCAGGAUACGAUGAAGAUUGCUGAGGAUAAGGUCAAACUUUUCCUUCUUCAAUCUGCACUUCUAAAGAAACUUCCGUUGAAGUACAGAGCCCAUACCGUAAACAGUUCUUUGUUGGACGAAUUCUGCAAAGCGAAAGAUGGCAAAGUUUAUCCCUUUCACGAAGUAAGUAAAUGAGAUCUUUGUAACUUGGCUUGUACGUGAAAAUCACGUGAUGAUCCUUCCUGUAUUUUGGAAAUAGGUAUUACGUUUUACAGUGGCUUGACCACCAUGUACUUUAAAAAAAAGAAAUUAACAGUGACUGACAUCUGAUUAUGGAAUUCACUAACAUUCCCAUUGCCCUUACACCCUUCCAUACAGAAAGAGUAGAAAGGGUGUGUUAGUCUUUACGACGUCCUCACGAAAGUUUAGGCGCCAAAGAAAAUAACUGUCCUGAAAUUGGCGCUUCUUGUCGUUUCCAUCUUGGGUCGGUUCUAAGAGUCUACAUUUAUGUAGUCGUAUUUGAGUUGUAUUAGUUAAAGGUAGUUUGUUUAUAUCGUGUAACAGAUCCAUACAAGUUUAUGGCAGAUUUUGAAAAUGAUACAAUCAGCUUUGAGAGAUGCUUAUAAAGAAGACAUUGCCGCAAAUGUAUUAGACAUGACUUCAAUGGCAGAUUUAAUGGACGGACGCCUAGUCCAUACUCUCUUCUGGCAUAUCUUGAAACAGAUGUCCCAGGGAUCAAAAGGUCUGUUGUCAGAUUGAGUCUAAAAGUUACUUACAAAUUCUAAGAAACAGGCUGGUAGAAAUGAUGGAGCUCCCAUUCAUUUUUUUAAUUUUGUUGGCGUCACCUUUCACCUAUGUAGCAAACUGUAUAAAAUUUCUAAUUUAUUAUUAUCAACUGAGUUUUUCAACGUAAAUUGGCCACCGAAAAGAGUUUCAAAACUGAUACUUCGGGCGUUGGCCCUUCGUCAGAGCGGUUGAAGGAAUUGUGGGUUGUGCGUGUGCUUAUAUGCGUCAUUCGUCACCAUAUUCCCACCAAUAGCUACGCUACGCUAUUUUUGGGAAUAUGAUCAGCUAAAUAUAAUCUUCUAUGAAUACGAAAACAGCGAUCUUUCGCCCUUGUUAUUAACCGUUCUUUCAAAGACUUCGAGGCAACUAUAACCUUAUAUACUUACACCACGUGUUUUGUCAUAUGCAUCAGACCUUAGUCUACCCCAGGAUGUUAAACGAGAUGUUGAGUCUGCAUGGGAGAAAGUUGUCGUUCUUGUGAACGGAUCAUGUCAUUCAGAUUCUCUACAAAAUCAAUUUUUUCCUUUGUUUGACGGAAGUUCUACAAGCCUUUAUCAGGAGGAAGGUAAGUAACAUUCGACUUAGUUUUUCCACGGUAGCUUUCUACACGUUAAAUAAAAUCACUUGGAUGUGAAUGGUUCCUACACGUUUCUUGUCCCUUUUUUGUCUAAAAUAAAGUUUUAAACUUUUCUCUUUCGGGAACAAAUUAGUUUGCAAUUCAAAAUGGAAAGGGAAACAAAAUGUAAAACUUGCAAGCUGCAAGUUUUGAUUAAUCUAAUAAGUUCAUUUUGUUAGAAAAUUGUAUUUUUAAAGGUACCGUCUGGCUCUGUCAGAAUCUUUUUAAUGAGAUUAACGGCCAUCGAGUGAAAUUAUCAGUGUUUGUUUCAGGAACAAGUCCAGAUCAUUACUCCGGCGCGAAGCUCAAAAGGCUACUUGACGUUGGAAGUACUCUUGUGAGUGAGUACGUUGGUGAUAUUCGAUCAAGAAUUAACGCCAUGGCUGGGUAAGACCUUGCAACAAAGUUUACGUCGUUCAAAGUACCCUGCAUGUUUUACGGAAUUGCGUGAGAAAAUACUCUCUUCAGAGAGGGCUGUUCAAUUUUCCCCUUUUAGAGGAGAGACCGAAGACGAAGUGUUGAUGAUUGGCAAAGAAUUUGAUGAGCAGUACCACUGGCAUUCUCUCAGGCCACUAACUGAUGAUUUCGACAGGACAAAGCAGUCUUUUGCAGGUGAGGCCCUUAAGGCCAAACGUGGGAACCAGCACUGUAAAAAGUUAUUUUAUACUCAACAAAAUUUGUCGUUCCUGAUUGGUCGAUGAAAAAUGGAUAAAGAGAUUGUAGGGUGCGCUACGGGAUUUCCGCCAUGCACUCUUCUGAAAUUUCAGCUUUCAAAGAUGAAUGAAAAUUUACACUUCUAAAAUAUUUCGAAAUAAAUUAAACUUGGUUUGGAAGUAGCAAUAAUUGUGUAAAAGGAUCAAUUCAAAAACUAACGAGCACAUGCUGAACAGUGCCCCCGAAGACGUGAAUGAACCAAAAAUUGCAAGAGCUUUUCUGGCUUUUUGUUACUGUUGGUCAAUCAUGUUGCUUUGAUAGGUUUUCAAUCGCACUCGCUUACAGUUCGUGAAAUUACGAAAACUUUCAAAGCAUCACUCACGCCCAUAAAUCAAGAAAUGCAUCCCUAUUUCAUCCAACUUAAGGAAUUUUUCUGGUGGAGAAAACCUUUCUAAAGUACCGUAAGCCAUUUGUCGCAAACUAUGAACUCAAUAUUUCACACCUUCGUUCUUCAGAUAAGCCCCCGACUGAUCCCAAAGAAAGAAAGUGGUAUUUGAAACAAAGGGAUAAGUACUUUCGCUAUCAAAAAUUGUACGGAAACUCACUUGUUGGUGGUUUCGACAAAGCGAAAAGUAUAAUCGUCAAGAAAGAGACCCCAAAUAAGAAGAAAGGAAAGAAAAAGGAUGGAAAGACGGUGGGAAUCUUUGUUAUUAUAAAACUUUUGUCUAAAUUUUUUGCCGUAAUAGUGUUUUAUGUGUUCAGCCAGAUUCAACUCGGGAAAAUUAUUUUUUGCAGGGAGGAAGCGCGAAACGAAUCAUCGAGCAGAACAAAAAAAGACGCAAAGGUUUGUUUCUUACAUGAUUAAUAUCAAUGUCACGUGCCUCUCCCAAAAUAAAGUGUCAAUUUAUGGAAUUAAAUCAUGAAAAUAUUUUGAGCACUUCUAAACUGAGUACCGUAAUUGAGCAACAUCAUGACAAUUUCACGGCAUUUAGUAUAACAUGGUAUCCUUAACGCAGUCUUAGAGAACUAAUAUGAAGGUUGACGUGGCUGACCAUGGGAUUGAACAAUUUAUUGAAUUCUUCAAUCAUAUCUCAUCAGCAGUCGCGCUUCUUUAGAACUCGGCUAAGGAAUCAGUUACACUUGAUUUCUCGAAUAACGUAUUUCCUAGAAUAAGCGCCUAGGCACUUAUUAAAAAUUUUGGCCUAAAGAAGGGGCGCCUAUUGGCAGGAGAGCAGUUAAUAGAGGGGGGCGCAGCAGUAGGACAAAAAAUUAAAAGAAAACAUAACGCACAUUAAAGACUUUGCAAGCACAUGGAGGUAGAAAUAAGUGGAAUGGAAAAGAAAGUAUGGUCCUUCACUGAUUCCGCUGUAGUUGAAGUUGAGUUAGAGUUAUAUAAUGAAGUGACAAUGGAAAAAUUUUUUGUAGUUUCCCUACUAUUUAAUUAAGUGAGGAAGGAGGGGGUUUAUUCGAGGGGGGGGGCGCCUGUUUGAACCGAUGGCCCCUUAGGGUGAAUGCUUCAUUGGCGGAAGGCGCUUAUUAGAGCAUUGUCACUUAUUCAAGGAAAUACCUUGUGGUAUUUGUCAAAUGUGAAAGGUUUAACUUAGUUAUUCAGGUUUCGAUGAGGCGAACCACUGAUGUUUCGCAUAAGUUGUAAUAACAAAAAGCAGUGUACGGACGGCAAAAGUUUGGUUAAAGGUUCUACAGAGGGAGUUGUUCACCUGCUUCAAAAUUACUGUUGAGGACACUAACGAAAAUAUGUCGUUUUUUACUUAAAUUUUCCGCAGAUGAAGAAAGACUAAAAGAUAAAAAAAAAUGGAGCAACAUUCAUAUAAACAUUGACAAAAACUUGAAGAAGGAUAACUUCAGUACUGCUUUGCAAUUAGUCGAUAAGUAUCUCGCAGAUUGCAAAACUCCCAAACUUCAUCUCGAAGCGCUGAUGAAAAAGGCACAAAGUUAUCUUGUAGCCUGGCAGCAGACAAGUAGGUGAAAAAGGGAAAAGUGAAUCGUUUUCAUUAUAUUUCGAUUUUUCUCCCUCAACUUUGUCGCUUAGAUAAAGUACUAUUAGCAUCCAUGCUUCAGGAAUUUCGAUUCCGUUAUCUCUUUUGAUGUUAUUUGGAUGAAGUCUUUAGUGGAUGGGUUCUUUGACCCUACGUGUGUACCACUAAGAGUCAUAAUCAAUAAAGAACGUGUCCUGUUUCAUUGGUGUGUUCUGAAACCGUCGAAUUCUGAGUACAAGCAGGAUGUAUUUCUUACUCAUGUUUUAUAAUUCUCUCUCAUGGCUCUCUCGUUUUCUCGAUGUGUAUCUAGCGAUUACUUUCAUUUUUCAAGUUUGGGAUUGUAACAAAAUUACCCAAACCAAACUGCAGUCAUUUGCAUUUUGUAGGGGCUGCUAACGCCGGAUCUAAUGACAUGAAAUAUCCUGUGCUGCUGCUAAAGAGUGUUCAGAAAAUGGCUGAAGACUUCCACAGCCUUCUCACCGACAAAGACAAAAAGAAACUGGCUGGAUUUAUGCGGAAGCUGGGAUUCGAUGACAUUGCAGCGACGCUUUACGAUUUACCUGAAGAAAGUGAAAGAAAAGUGUGUAUCGUCAGAUCAAACGAGCUUGGCUUUAUGCUGUUCCUUUCCUAUAUCUAAUAACCAGGAGAUAAAAUGUGUGCUUAGUGCUACAACGUACUCGUAUACACAAAAAUAUUGUAGUAUGAUGUCCUCUUUUGUUGCACAAUUCCUUUUUCAAGUAAUCUUGGAAUUUAUGAUACUGCCUCAACAUUACACCCCAACUUCAGACACAAUUCUUGAAAUUAAAUGAUACUAACAUAGCUGUGAAUGACAAAUUUCCGCAGAGACGGAGGUAUAGUUUUCAGCGAAUAACAUCUACUGGUUAUGAAACAAACUACCGCUAUUGUUUCAAGCGACUCCUAAGAGAGUUCACUCAGGGCUAUAUAGUCCGAGAAAUCUCACUUUUCCGUGUUUAUAUAGCUUUAUCUGAAGAAUAAGGGAACCGCUGAAUUUGAAUUAGCUGUACUUACGUUAAGCUGAAAUGCAGUUAAGGGCUUGCUUAAGUUUUGAACAUUCUCCCUACGUUCUGAGUGUUUAGAUGAGGCUAUCUGAACACGGAGAAAGAGCCUUAUUUCUGUAAUAUAAUAGUUCUGCAAAAUGCACGCGAAUCUAAAACGUCGAACCGUGUUUACAUACUCUAAACUUGACAUGACUAUCGACUUAUGGGAGUGCACUUAUCACCUCAAUUAUUUCAUAUAAGUGCACUGUUUAACUCGUGAUUUCAGUGAAUUCGUCCUUGGUCUUCUGACCAUUUUUGCCCAUUUAUUACCUAAGGCUCAACAGCUAUCGGUCCACACUACAAGCGCAAGAUUCCAACUUGCCUGCAUGGGUCAUUUACUCAAGCGGGAAACAAGAACUGAUCGUGACCAGAGGGUUGACCACUUCAUUCUAGAUACAUGGCAGGUAUUAUAACAAUUUUUUACUGCAUAUUAAUACGAAUUAAAAUCUCUCGUAAAAACCGUCGAGGAGAAGAGGAGGUGGUUAAGUUCAGUGAAGAAACUUUGAAAACAGUUUUAACCAUUUUUCUCCACUGAACUCAACCAUUGAAAUUCAAGUAUUAAAGCAUUUUUAAAAAUGCUUUCAAUACUUGAAUUUCAAUGGAGGCCUAUUAUAGACGAAGAAAAAACAAAAUCUGCCCUGUGUGAAUUUUGCUUCCGUCUCGUCGAAGUUUUCUUUUCAUUUUUUUAAUCUUGUGGUUAUUCAAAUAUUUUCUAGCGUGAACUUCUUGACGCUGUGGAUAAGAACGAGUCAGCGGUAAUAGUGGCACCCACCUCGUCGGGAAAGACUUUUGCCUCAUACUACUGCAUGGAGAAAGUUCUGACUCAAGACAACGAUGGUGUGGUGGUAUAUGUUUCCCCAACAAAGGUAAAUUUACCAGUUGCAGCCAUUUAGUUUACCAAGUUCUCUUGAAUUUAUCCUUAAUAGCUGAACGACCUCGUCUCGUGAAAUGCAGCUGCCUAGAGGCAGGUGGCCUCGACGUAAAUGGUUACCUUGUGUAACUGCCAACUGCCAACUGAUUUUAUACCUCACCAUGGCAUCUCGUCUAAAACUUGUUAAAGGGCGUGAGGUCUGUAUGAGUGGUGGUAUGGUCACAAAUGUCCAAUACUUAUCUUAAAGCUAUUCUGGCUUUUGGAUUGUUUAGGUUUUAAUAACUGAUGCAUUGAUCAUUUAGGCCUUAGUAAAUCAAGUUGCAGCAACAGUGUACGCUCGCUUUCAUCGUAAAGAGCUUCCAUGGGGAAGGGCAGUGUAUGGUGUUUUCACGAGGGAUUAUCGAUUCAACACGUUGAACUCUCAGGUAAGCAAACGUGACCAGCAGCACUCAAGACAAGAAGGAAUCUCAUCAUUUCUAAGCAAACAAAAUACACACGGUCGACGGAAAACAAUAUUUAUAAUAAGUGAUCUUAACGGAAUACAGUUGACAUAAAUUCCUUCAUGGAAUCAUUCUCUGAUUGAAAACUCGUCAGUCUAUAUCGUAUUUUUCUCCUUUUGAAAUUUCUCUCUAUUUGGCUCGUGGAUUGAGUAUAAAUCGGAAAUAUAUAAUAACUUUUUUCAGCUCUGUCUUUUGAUUCCCGGCAGAUCCUUGUUACAGUUCCUCAAUGUUUGGAGAUACUUUUUCUCUCGCCUCGUAGACAGGAUUGGACAAAAAAAGUUAGAUACGUAAUCUUCGAUGAGGUAAAAGAACUGAGAACUUUUCUGACAGUAAUUUUCGCAAAAUUACUUUUAAUUCUUUGUAAUGAAGUUGCAGCUUGGAAAAGGCAGAAUCAACGCCAAGAGGUUACGAUAUUUACGUUGUGCAGUUUUGCCUCCUUCAAUAAUGUAGUUAUAUCACUUAUACUUAAGUUAUGUAACUAAGUUCCCAAAGUUCACAUUAACGUUCCUUCAUCAUCACUUCGUAGACGUUUGAUCUUCAUCCGUGUUUUCAUAAACAGUUGUCAUUGCUUGACUUGGUUCAAUUAUGGCAAUAGCAUUGGAUGUUGGAACACGGAUGGUUGGAAGGUCAAUUCUACCUAAAGAUAGAUACAAGGGAACAAUAGUAAGAGUUGCUCUGAAGUCGUAAAACGUUUUUCCUGGGAUUCGAUGGAACAUAUCUUACUAUUCAGGCUUAAUAAACUUUGUGGUAUCGUUUAAAGCCAAUAAAACAAGUUUACUGCUUCACCUCACUCACUUAGGCUAUACUUUAGCCAAAAUUUCUCCCUCACUUUAAAACUGCAGGUUCACUGUCUUGGUCAAGAGAUUGGAGCUGAAGUCUGGGAGCAUCUUCUUCUUCUCAUUCGCUGUCCCUUUCUGGCGCUUUCGGCAACCAUUGGAAAUCCAGAUGACCUUACAAAGUAAGAAUUGUUGCAAAUGGCACAAAAUAGAAUGUUUUGUAUUGAAUGCUACGAAAUUUUCUCAUUACGCCGAUGUUAAAACGAUGUUAAAACGUAUACAAGUUAGUCAUGCAUUUUUAAAUAAAAUCACGAGGAGAAUCAUACGUCUUUUUUUUUGUAGGUGGUUGCAAGCCGCUCAAAACUUUCGAGAGCAGCAAGACAAACAAGAAAAUGGCCAGAUGAGAGAGUCCUACAGAAUCAGACUAGGUGAAGCGAAAAAAUAAAUCCGCUACCUCAGUCAUAGAGGGGUCUUUCGAUGGUCUUCGAAUAUGUAAUGCUUGAGUUUGCGCAUUGGGGUUGACUCAACGCAAAUCAAAAGUCAAUUUAAACCUUAUCUAGAUAACUAGGUUUGCGAAACGACCUAUGAGACGUAGCGAACUGACCUGAGACGCUGGCAAAACGACCUAGGACGUUAGCAAACUGGUCGUUAGCAAAACGACCGCAGUUCUUGAACCAUACUGAUAUUGUAGGGAGAAAUCUUUUUUUUGGGUUAUCCCUAAGUGUGAGAGGGUCAACAAAGGUCAUCCCCAUGCCACACAGUUUGUCUAAUAACAUAUUUCUGGUAUAUUUUUGUAGUUAACUUUCAUGAAAGAUACUCAGAUCUGGAAAAGAGUGUAUACCUUCCGAGUCCCAGUAAUGGGGAAUUCUCUGAAGAGUCCAAGGAAUACAAGGGUGUUUGCGAUGUCAAAGCGACAGGAGAGUUUGUGAGACUUCAUCCUUGUGCUCAGCUCGGAGCAAAACAGGUGAACAGUCAAUUAAAGAACAGCCAUUGUUCAGCUUUUAGAGAAUAUCCGUAAGUUUUAUUUACAAAGCGUAAGGAUUUUUGGUCCAUGAGUUCUCACAUGUAUUUUUCUGAUAAUGGUUUUUAUCAUAUGAAUUAUACAGUGUUUUACAAGGAUUUUCAACCCUGAGAAAAGCCGUUACGACACACGUGAAAAGAUAUCGUAUUUUUCACGUGUGUUUGAUAUCGCCUUUUGCGCCUCGCGGUCAGGUUGAUGAAUGAAGGGUGAAUCCUUCACCAUUCUCAAUCCAAGGUCGUUUGUCGGGAUUUUUUCGGAUUAUGGCUGCUAAAACACUGACAAAUCCGUAACGCCUACAGACAGCAACGUUUAAACUUUCCUAGAAGGGGAGGAAAACAAAACAAAAAAAACCGAAAGUUACGUAUUCAGUGGCUUAGGUAAUGAUAUUUCUCACGGCUGAGAACGAAAAUUGACAACUGGAAGAUUUGCCACAGGCCGAUUUUGGCCGUGUACCUGGAAGAUUUCUUCUGACGGUAAGGACCAAGCCAAUGACUGAGAAUUUUGUCUAUUGAAAAUUACGCCCAUUGUUUGUUUUUGUAGUGUUUCAACGCAUUUUUUCAUCGUGAGCCUUAGCGCCAACGCACUUUACGAUUUUAAUUCGAGGAUUGUCGAUCCUUUUCUUGUCAUACAUUAAUAAAGUUGACUUUUCUUGUCAGUAAUGGGGCUAUUGUGUUUAUACGAUAAACAAAGUAAUACAUGGUGGCAUGUAGAUAUGAAAGUUCUCUUCUCUUGUUCAACUCAACAUCUCACUCAUUAGCCCGUCUAUUAUUCUGUAUAUAUAUACCUACCUAAAAAUAUAUGUAUAAAUUAUGCGGUAAAUUUAUUUACAUUGAUCGAUUAAAAAAAAAAAUUCAGCUGAGUGUCGCAAAUAAUCGGGGAUUGCUUUUUUUGCUUUAUUUUGGUCUGUGAUUGGUCUGGAUAACAUAACGCAAACCAACUUCUAAACCAAUCAUAUGUAGUACGAAAACCAAUCGUGACUUGAUCGUCCUCGUUUUCCCGCGCUUUAGUCUUCGUUUUUUUCUUUGAGUUUUCACUGACUAGAGAUGACGUUAAUUUUGGCCAAACUGGCCAAAGUGAUUACCUUGAUUUAGGUUUUUCGACGGUCAGUUGAAACCGUCCUAUGGUUUCGACCAUCGUUAAAGAAGCUUCCAAUGACAAAUUGUUGUUUCCAAUUAGCUACAAGAGAAUUCCUUCCCAAGAGAUAUGGAUUUCACCCCACAAGAAUCUCUACAACUUUUUGACGUUAUGACUAUGCACUGGCCAGACAAAGAAUCCUUGCAGGUCAGUACGUAGCUUUUAAAUAAGACUUCAAUCUUACACGUUACAGUUACAUGCCUGUCCACUGUAGAUAUUGGUCAUAAGAAAGAUUAGGUCUUAUCGCUCUAAGCUAUUUUUAUUCUUGCAAGACUAGAUUCCACAAAGUCUCAAAUAACGGUGUUUUCAUACUGACUGUCCAGAGAAUACCGCGACUUGGUGACCAAAGCUUGUUAUUUUGUGUUUUCUUUAUAGAAACUUUCCCCCGAGAAGUACUUUGAGAAAAAUAAGUUCAUUGACAAGAGCUGCGCACGAAAGUACGAAAAGGACCUGAAGAGGGAAUUCAAGUCUUGGGCCGAUGAAAAACAUCUUGAGAAGGUGAAGGGUAUAUUGCCAAAGGAUUCGUUGCAAAUCGUUUGUGAUGUGUGAGCGUUGUUUGCCGUUGUAUUGAUAAAUAAAAAAUGUUUUGACGUAGAUUAAAGCCCUAUGAACCCUAGCCUUUGGAACCCAUGCUUUCUAUUUACUACUCCACGCUAUUAUUUAAACUAUAAUUUAAAGGAUUCGUGUUACUAAUAACAACACGAUUGUUUAACCUGAAGUCAACGAGACGCAUAUCUGUUACAUCCUUUGCAUUUUUUCUUCGUUGUAUCAGUCAUAUAUUAUAUGGGAGUCCUAUGGGGGCCUUAGUCCAUAAAAGGUACGAUGUUUUGGUGAAAUACCGUUGUAAAGGGAUAAGCUGGUAUUUUUUACAGGUCUUCAUACCAUUUGCAUCUCAUCGUUCUAUUCUCGGGCUCGCAAACUAACUGAUUUACUAACUAAAGUACAAUUCUGCAUUAAUCUGCACUAAUCAUCAUUAAGCUACUUUUUGUUGCUCCAGGUUCGAGCCGUUAUACAGUCACUGAAUUCUGUUUUGGUGGAGAAACAGGCCUCGACUGAAAAGGAAUGGACUCAGCUAGGAAUGCCUUCGUCGGGAAAAAUUUUCAUUGAAAAAAAUUUCCCAAAGCUUGUGGAACAGCUAAAGGCUCAAGAAAAACUGCCCGCUCUGGUUUUCAGGUAAUAUAGAUACUGUUUCAUCCAGGGAAAGGGAUUGACGUUCAGUGACAUGCGUAGCAAGGGAUUAAGGUUCAACCUCAAUACGGUUUUCAUGUAUAAGCCACACUGAAAAAAAAUGAUUAGAAAUAAAGAAAAUAGGAAAAAGGCAAAUGACGAUCAGAAUGCCAAUUGGGACGAUGCACAUAACUUGGACUCAUUUUUCGUAAAUGCAAAUGCGAACGUUCGAAAUAAAUCAUAUUGAAAAGAUGAAAAUUCACGAUAUGUGGGAGGCAUAUUAACAAAAAAUAACUGAGUAAAUAUCGAAAAAGCUAUCUCACUCAGUGGGCUUUAUUAAUGAUAUCACUCUGUUUUUAUUAGCUUUGACCGCAACUUAUGCGAAGUGUUGGCAUUUGGACUCGCUCAACACUUUCGAAAUAAAGAGGAGGAUAUUAAAGGCCAGAAUGGCGGGAAAGACUUGAAGUUUGCCCUAAAGAGGGUACAAAAGGCGAACAAGGAAUCUAAAAGGCUGAGAGAUGGAGAGGCAGAGAGAGCAAAAGAAGAAAGGUAAACGGAAGUAAUUUAAAUAGUAACUGCAUGAUAUAUCUCGUCGAGUGCCAUUUAGAUUCCAUUGAACAUGUAUGCGACCGAAUACGUCAUGUUAUGAUGAAAAAUUAUGUAAGACUUCAGGGCUUGUUCUCUUAGCAGAUUGGACGACCAAGUAAGACAACAGUACGAGAAAGACUUUUCAUUCUUAACUGAUCCUUUACCAGGUUGCACAUUAGCCUCUACACGCGAAAUUGGAGUCAAGGUAGGGAGCAUCCGACGACUAUUUAAUAUUAUUUAACAAUUGUUCAACGAAGGCGAAGUGAAUAUUUGUGAAAAAUGCUUGAGACGAGGUCGAGGGGAUUAUUCCGCAAUAUUCCCUGAACCUGAGGUGAAUAAUUGUUGUAGUAUAAUUGCUCGGGUGCUUUCAAAUUCUGUUAUAAAUUUGUUUUGUUAUUGAAAGCAUUUGAUGAAUAAAGAAAACAUUGUGCAUACUUGGUAUCAAUUGUUCUGAUUACUCGUUUCGGCAUAAGUAAGCAGCUCCCACUAAAGUUUAAUGGUUUUUAACUUAAUUUAAUUAGCAAAUAAUUUAUGUCUUAGCCUUGAAAAGUGUUACGUCAAAGCUAGUGGCAUCUCUAGUGCUCUUUGAAAUUGAAGUUUCGGAUCAAUAUCAGUAUCUGGGCAACUGCCCACCUACCCCUCCCCUAACUCAACAACAGUCAAUUGAUAACAACUUAAGGUUAAUGUUGGGUUAGGGGAGGGGUAGGAGGGCAGUUGCCCAGAUACUGGUAUUAAUCCGAAGUUUCUUCUAUUACGUUUACCACUUCCUACGUAACAUUGACAAAACGCGAGGUAGCCAUUUUGAAUAUUAAGGACCCCUCUAUAAUCACCUCGCGCGAGAUGAUUAUAGCGAGAUAUGACGCGAUCAUCGACCAGUCAAAGCGCGCGCAUCACUAUAAUCACCUGACCAAGGGAAAAAGAUAGACUACGUCAAAAAGGAUGAUCAGACUACAAACAGAAUGUGACAAAAAAAAACCCGGGUACAGAUGUAACGGACGUAAAGUUUGCCUUAACAGAGGUUGGCCAUUUACUUUGUAGGAUUUAAAGAAGAUCAUGGAUCGCAUUAGGUCUACGCCUGAGACCUCACGAUUUAAGGAAGCUUUAAGACGAGGAAUCAGUUACCAUCAUGCUGGACUGAAAAACACAUUACGUGGCACGGUGGAGAUGUUAUUUAGAAAGAAGUAUCUUCAGGUAUUAUUUUACUGACUGCUCGUUUCUGGAAAAGUAGGUGGACGUUUAAAUAAUGACGUGGAGGAAUAUAAUAUAAUUUUUUUUUCUAACCUGACUGUAAGUAGCACUGAGGCAUAGCUUUUUCUUAAAACGAUUGCUUAAAAUUACAGGCAGAACAAUAUGAUUUAAAAUAUGACUUAUAAAGAUGUGCAGCUCUUGCCCAAGCCAGAAUGAAGUUGAAACAGCAGGAUAAAAAAGAAACAAAAUACAUGUGAAAUAUCACGAAAGGAUAAGAUAAAAAUGGCACAGCGGCCUCAUUGGUAUCGCACUAAUUUGGUUUGCUGUUAUCAACUGCAGCCGGUGGCCUUUGUCACACAAACCUUCUUUGACAUUUUGUUCAGUUUCUGUCUUCCCCUUUAUUUUACCUUGCUAUUGCGUACAGCUAAUCUAUGUACCUCACCUAUUGAAAACGUUUCGAUAAAAAAAUAUAGUAACGGAACAGUAUAUAAAGACUCGGGAGUCUCUUUUUUUUUCGUUCCCUUUAGGUCGUUACAGCAACAGGAACCUUGGCCCUUGGUAUUCAUAUGCCUUGUAAAACGGUCGUGUUUGCUGGAGAUUCACCCUUCUUAAAUUCUUUGCAGUACAGACAGGUG